UUCUAGUUUCAAACUGCUCUCCGUCUCUCGACUCCCAAGGUAUCACCUACGCUCGCUUCUCGUUCCAAGGGUUUGGGGUUCCGAUCUGGUUGACCUAUAGUUCCCUUGCGGAGGCGGCGUGAGGGCAUGUCGAGCCCCUCCGGCGACGGGGGGCGCCGCAUUAGCGGCAGCCCCACGGCCGGCGGCAGCAGGGAGGAGCGGGGCGCGUUCCUGCCCGUCGCCGAUAUCAGGCGCAUCACGAGGAAGGCUACCCCGCCCAACGGGGAGAUCGACGAGGAGGCCGUUCAGGAGCUAGUCUCCGAGGCGAGGGGCGACAGAUCCAAGAGGGCGAAGCGGGAGGCCAUGGCCGGCGACGACCUGCUGACCGAAAUGGCGAAGCAGGGGUUUCAGGCCUACCCCCACAAGAACAGAGUGGAGCUACCUUGCACGAUGAAGGUGGAGCCAAAACCCUUGCCUGUGUCUGAUGUCAGGGAUUGGUCUGAGCUCCCACUCGAUGCGCUUUCUGCAAUCUUCAUGAAGCUUGGGACCAUUGAGAUCCUGAUGGGCGCCGGACUUGUGUGCCACUCAUGGUUGGUGGCAGCCAAGUCCCCUGAGCUGUGGCGUUUCGUGGACAUGACACGCCACAAGUUGGUUUUUUCCAAGCCGGAAAACGUCAUGUGCCAAAUGGCAAAGGUGGCUAUAGACCGCUCUGAUGGACGGAUGGAAUCGUUCUUGGUUCAGAAGUUUGUCGCUAGUGAACUCCUGAAUUACAUUGCAAGCAGAUGCAACUCAUUGAAGAGCAUUCGGCUCAUCGGCGCCUGUUACUUUUGGGAUGAUGAGGACGUAGUAAUUAAGCUUGCAGCUAAAUGUCCAAUGCUAGAAGAGAUAGAGUACUCUGGUCAGAAGCUGACAUGGGACUUUUUCAAGGGGAUUGGUGCAGCACGCCCAGGGCUGAAGCGUCUAAGAGUCUGUUUGCCGUGGUACGAUUCAGAUUCAAUAGAGCAUGAGAUAAGGAUGGAACAACAGCAAAGCGACGAGGAGGAAGAGGAGGAGGAGGAGGAGCCUUAUGAGGUCUGGGAGGCGAGACACAAUGAGGAGGCCUUUGCCAUAGCAGAGAGCUUGCACGAGCUGCGGCUCCUUCAGAUGGCAGGCUACGGCCUGACUAAAAAAGGGGUGUACGCCAUCCUUGAAGGCUGCCCCCACCUCGAGUUCCUCGACCUUAGAGAAUGCGGUCACCUCCAAGUUAAUGCUGAACUCCAAGCUCGCUGUGCUAAAAUCAAACAUGUCCGGCUGCCAGGAGGAUGGCCUCAUGUUCAUUGCCCAGAACUUGAUAUCAUUGAAGAGGACGAAGGUGAAGUGACCGAGCUACCUGAUCUCUAUGAAUUGGAGGCUCAGGCUCUCCGCAACGGGGCAGCGAUGGACAAUGUAGCGAUGGACAAUGAUGACUACGGUGAGAACUACUGGGAGGACUACUCGCUCCCGUCGUCCCCUGACUCGCCUGUGCCGACCUACUCCAUGGACGAUCCCAGAUACUACUGGGAGCUGUAACAGAUGCAGCUGUGCCAUGUUCAGUAGUUCAAGUCACUGUCUUGGUGUUUUGGAUCCUGAAUAUUUUGUGUAUAUCCCUGCAGUAAGGCUUUUGAUGUAGAAACAAGCCGAUGGUGCUUUUGAAUCAUCUGCCUCGUAGUGUGUGUUUUACUAGUUUGUGUAAAUGGUUGGACGGACUGCUUUCAAGUGUCUAGUAGUACGCAGCUGUAUUCUCACGUUAAUUGUUUGAACCUUUACUCAGCUUA